GUGUUGUGUUUGUGUUUAGUGACUUGCCUGUGUUGUGGAUCAAAUUGUCGGCGAAAAUAUUUUAAUUUAUUGUCAGAUUAAAAGAAGUUAGCUUUCCACUUCAUACGAGAUAAGAAAAUUUGAGAUGUCGAGCACCUGAUAAUCCACGAUUUCACUUAAGCUGAAAAAUGGAUAGCGGUUUAAAAGAGCCUGCACCCUCUGAUGAUGCUCAACAGCAAUCUGACGAUGGGAAGGCAAAUUCAGAAGAAGAUGAGAAGAUUGUCGCCUUGCGCAACCACAUCGAAUAUCUCUUAGAGAGAAACGUUGCUGGACAAAAAGAUUAUGAAAAACUGAUCAAGCAGUAUAAAAGCCGUGAGCAAGAACUUAAUUCUGCCAAUGCAAAGAUGUGCGAGGCAUUAUUUCAAGUUGCAACAUUGACCGCACAAUUGCAUGUGAAAGAAGAUGCGGUGAAAAACCUGAAGACAGAUGUUGAUGUGUUGGGAAAGCAAUUGGCUGAGGCCUCGAGAGCCAAAAACAAUGCAUUGCUGAAGCUGGACAAUAUUGCUAGUAGAGAGGAGACUUUUGAGAACAAGAAAAGAAUGAUGGAGCAAGAAAUUGACUUGCUCCGAGGACAGAUUCUCAGUUUUGAGCAAAGAGUUGAGCGCCAGGAGGCUGAGCUUGUUGACGCGACUUCGUCCUCAAGAGUUGUGCAACUUGAGAGUCAGCUACAGAGAAUGAUUGAUGAGCUUGCCGCUCGCGACCAAACUGCUCUCAGGCUUCGCAACCAAUUGAAAGAAGAACAGUCCAAAGUGUCCAAACUCGAGGAAAGACAUAAGUUGGACCAAACCAAGGAGUCCCAACUGCAGCUUAUUCACAAGAAAGAGCUUGAGUCUCAAAUCAAUUUAUCUCGUAUUUCUCAAGAGAGAUUUGAAGAAAAUGAGAAGAAGUUGCAUGAGUUUAGCGGCCUUAUAAAGAAACUGGAAGCUGAGCUUGAAAUAAAAUCAAUACCUGGAGAUGCUGAGAGGAAAGCUCUGGAGGAAAUUAACAGGCUAAAUCAAGAACUGGAGAACAAAGACAACAAAAUUCAGAAUUUGGAACUCUCUGUAUCACAACUUGAGAUUGAACUGGAGCAGAUCAAGAAAGACAACCUUGACCAAUAUAUUCAGAAGUUGUUCCCUUCCGCCUCUAUCGUCAGCCAGCAUUUGCAGGGUGAUUUGAGCCUCUCCCAACUUUAUGAGAAGUAUUCUGCUGUGCUUGAGGAAUUUAACACAACCAAAUACGAAAGAGACAUGCUGAGAGUCAAGUUCAAUGGCCUCACAGAUGACCUGACAGUCAAGGUUGACGCGUUGCAUGAGUGCAAGAAGAAGCAGGCGGCAGCAGAACAACAAGUGCAGAGGCUCAUGAAUGAGAACAAGAAGCUAAUGAUCGAGUACGAAAACAUGAAGCAGUCGGCCAAAGAAUCAGCGCGCAGCGUGGCCCAGCACUUGAUUGAUAAAAGCCAGCUUAAGCAGCAGAAUGAUGACCUGCGCAAGCAGGUCAUACGCCUGGUGCAGGAAAUUGCUGUCUUGAAGUCAGGUGAAGAAAGUCAGCUGACUGACGAGGACCAUCUCGUGCUGUUCAGGGACAUUGAUGAGCUGCAGCACAAGAAUAUCGAGCUGCUGUCCCUGGUGCGAGAGCUGCAGACGCGGGCCGAGGCAGCUGAGAAGGAGAUGGAGAACGUUGAGAAAGUGGCCAGUUGCAAUGAGCGCCUGGAUGAGCUGGUUGAGCAGGUGAAACGCUACCAGGAGCGGGAAGCAUCGCACUCAGAAAUGAUGCAGCUGCUCAUCCGGCAGCGGGACCACUUUGAGGAGAUGUCCAAGAGUGCGAUCCGAGCGGCCGAGGAGAAGGUGCAGCAGAUGAGAAUGAGCCUUACCCCAGUCAAGGGCUCAGAGCCCAUGGACGUGGCUGCCUCGCCUGCACCGCAGCAGCCAGAGCAGCGUGUCCUUUCGCCGCAGGUAUCCUCACCAAGACUGCAGGGACAGCAGCAGAGGCCGCAGUCUCCUCAGAUGUCAAUGCAGAGGGCAAAUAGACCGCGCUUCUCACCGUACACCGCUGGUGGGGUGCCCCCGUCGAAGGCUUACGUGGACGCCCUGCAGCUGCGCUACAAGAAGUGCCAGGACGAGCUGGAGAGUUCCAACAAGGCUUUCGCAGAGUAUCGGGAGAACUCGAAAAAGAACAUGGACAUGGUGAUCAACCAGCUGGAGGAGCUGCGCAACGAAAACCUGGACAUCAAAAUGGAGCGGUCAGAGCUGAAGGCGCUGUGCGAGACGGGCAAGGACAAGCUGGCCAGCAUGAAAAACAUUAUGGAGGGGCUGCAGAGGCAACUGGAUGCCGUGCAGAAGAUGCGUGACAUCCAGGAUGUGAUCAUCGGCAAGCAUGAAAAGAACACAAUCGAGCUGAACAAGGAGAUAGUGAAGACUUACGCCAAGCUGUCCAACGUGGAGGGACUGCUCGAGCGGGCCAACGCAGAAAUCCGCAGACUGCGGGUCAGUGAGAGCUCUGCCAGGCAUGAGUGUGAGUCGCUGAGAGCGUCCUCCUCCAGCCAGAAUCUAGUGUUCCUCGGUGCUCAAGAGCUGAAGGCCGCGAGACAGCGGGCCGACGCAGAGGACAGUCUGAUCCUUUCCAACCAGCUGCAGGCGGUGAUGAAUGAGAACAAAGAGCUGAAACAGCAACUUGAGUCGGGUCAAGUCCAUCUCAAGGACGAAAUCAACCGUCUGGAGGCGUGUCUCAACAAAGAACGUGCUCUGCUGGCCGGGGCAGUGGCCGAGAAGGAGACGGCCGUGUCUGAGUGUGCCCGCGCUGCAGAGCUGCUCUCGCAAGCGCAGCGGGACGUGAUGGUUCUGCGCACCAACAAGAAUCCAAGCGCCAGCACCGAGGUGCAGACAGAGAACCAGUUUGACUACGAGCACCAAAUUGGCCAGCUUGAGGAGGAGCUGCUUGCCGCAAAUGCGCGCAACGUGGAGGUCAAAGCCAAAUACGAGGAGCUGACCGAGACGCGCGCUCGCGACGAGGAUGUAAUUGCUCAGCUGAAGAAACUUAAUGAUGAGCUGAAGCAUGCUAUCGACGUGAGCAAGGAGGAGUUUGAAGCGGAAAAGAACGCUGCCAAGCAGAAGAUAGACUCACUCGAAGGCGAUUUAUCCGUCGCUAAGGAGCAGCUGACGGUCGCUAAAGAGCAGCUGUGCAGGGCUGAGAAGCAAAUUGACUCGCUGCGGGCUGAGGUGGCAAAUGCGGGCCAGCGGCAGGCGGUGGCCAUCGUCGGGCAGGAGAAAGAGGAGGCCAUCAGGAAUCUGAAGAAGGAGUUGGCGGCCAUGAAGGAGAAGCAAGAGCGGGGCGAGGAGAGUCUCGAAAGAGAGAAGGAGCAGCACAAGCUUGACCUGCAGGCGCUGUCCAUCACCAGGAAGCAGCUAGUGGCAUUAGAGAAGACGUCCUUGGAACUGAAGGAGCGAAUCUCCAGCCUCGAAUUCGAGGUACAAAAGGCCAAGAGUGACCUGGAGAACGCCAGACUGACGGCCAACGUCGUUUCCGGAGACCAAUCCGAUGAGCUUAGGGAGCAGAACCGAAUUCUGUACCAACAGCUGGAGCAGGUGUUGAGCCAGCGGGGCAGAAUCGAAAGUUCCCUCGGCGAGGAAGACGCCCUGCUAGGCGUGCUUAGUGUUUUGCGGCGCGAGCGAGAUCUAGCGCAAGCGAAAGCAGACGCCUUCGAGGCCAAGGCGGCCAACAUGCAGAUGCAGAUUCAGACUCUGAGCGCCAACCACGCUGAGCUGAGUGAAGAACUGGCCAGGCUGAGGGUGGGCGAGUCGAACCAAGUGACGGUGUCUCGGAGCAAGUAUGAAGAGUACCUGCAGAUGGCCGAGAACCUGAACGCGCUCACCGAUUCGAGCAUAGUGCAGAGGAAGAAGAACGACGACCUGGCCAAGGAGAUCGCCGAGUUAAGGCCUAAGUGGAAGAGCGCGAUGGAAGAAAUCGAGAGUUUGAAGAACAGGAAUAACCUGUUCCAAGAAAAGAUCAUUGCGGAAGAAGAGGCUGCGAAGGAACUCAUUGAAAAGCACAGGUUGGAGGUUGAGAGGGCAAAUCAAGCCGAGUCGAAGAUUCGAGAGAUGGAGCAGAAACUGAACUCGACUGGCUCGUCGCAGCAGCAGCUCAGCUCGGAAAUUUCCAAUCUGAAGGUUCGCAUCAACGCUCUAGUCCAGGACAUGACAAAAAAGAAUGCGGAUAUCAGGAGGAUGACUUUGGAGAAAAACGCUCUUCAAAAGCAGCUUGAAGCUGCCAAGGGUUUGACUAGCAAGAUUUCGGACGAGUUGGCGCAAGAAAAGGCUAAUGUUGCAGCCAAGGCCACGGAAAUCGAGCAGCUUAAGACCAGCUUGGAGAACACGAAGAAGGAAAUGACCGCCAAAGUGAACGAGCUGACAGGAGUGGUCAACGAGACUAAAGAAUCUCUGGGCAAGAAGGAAAAAGAGUUUGAAGACCUCAACUCAAAGCACGGCAAGGUGCGCGCCAUAGCGAAGAAGUACAAAGAUCAGUAUGACGCUCUUGUGGCCGAAAACAAGGACAAAGCUGCUGCAGAGGCCAAAACUGGCGCACAGGAGCAGGCCAAAACCAAAGAGAUGGAGGGUAAAAUUGCUGAGAUGCAGACCCGACUGGCGGAGGCGGAGACAAAAGCUACAGAAGCGGAGAAUGAAGUGCAGAAACUCAGCCAAAACCUGGAUAACAUCUCUAAACAGCUGGUGGAAAAGUCGACGCAGCUAGAGCAAGAACAGAAAACCAACGCAGAGAGGCAGAACCGCACCAAGACGAUCAUCGCUGCCGCACGUAAUAAGAUAAAGGAUCAAGCAGAAUUGAUCGCCAAGAAGGAUGAAGCGAUCAAAGAGAAGCAGGAAAAGAUCUCUCAUCUCGAAGGCUCUGCUCAAAAUAGCGGUAACCAAGAUCAAGAAGAUAUGAUCAGCCAGCUGAAAAAGGAAAACUGUGAGCUUCGGGCCCAGAUGGAGCAGUCAAAGCAGGAUUCUAAGGCUUCCAAACCAGCUGCUGGUCCGUCAGGUGCCACUCCGUCAGUGAAAAUCAGACCAAUGGCUUCCCAGUCACAGCCUCCAAAAGUCAAGCCUCAAACAUCUGCCGCUGUCAUCCCGACAACAAGGGCUGCUCCGACCGCCCGCCUCCGGCCUAUGGUAAACACGCCAGCCAGAAACGUGGCCGUCCUCGCGCCCAGCCAACAGGAUCUGCCAUCUAACAGCGUCACUCCAAUUCAGGGCACGCCACGAACACACUCGACCCCUCCCAGAUUGCCCUCCAGAGAGGAACAUUCCAGCGACUCGUCCACCAGCCUCGAUGAGUCCGCUGCUCAGUCAACGAGUGCCAACGUGGUGCUAGUGCGUCCCAACGAAGUUUAUCCAGCCCCCUUUUCCAGCCAACCGUCCACUUCAGCUGGCCCGUCUGGGCCACCAUCAGCAGGUCCUUCCUUAUCCUUGAAGAGAGCCAGAGACACUGAAACUUUGACUAUUCAGCCAGAUGAACCUCAGGCCAAACAAUCUUGCACUGAAUCAGCGGAAGAGCUUGUGCCUGAAAUGGUUGAGGAGCCAGAGGUUGAGGAGAGACUGGAAGAAGAUCCAAAUACAGAAGGUGCAGUCGAGGGUGAGGAGAACGAAGAGGCCAUCAACGAAGAACUGGAGGAAAUGGCGCUUCAAGCUGUCGACGGAGAUGACGAAACUGAAGAGAAUUUGGAGGAGGAAACUGACGAAACUCCAGGGGAGCCAGCUGUUGAUGCCGACGGAGGCAACGCAGAAAAUUCUCUAGCUGCUGCGGAGGCUGCUAGCAAUGAAGAAGGCCUCCAGGGCGGAGGAGACGCAGAGCAACCAGCACAAGUUGAUCUUGUUCCGCAGGCAGCUCCAGCACGCGCCAACUUCAUGCUGCCGUUGUUGCAACAAGGCUUUGAGGAGGUUGGCGAUUUUGGUAUCGUCCCCUCAACGCCCACUCUGUUUGUGCCACAACGCCAAAGUGGUUUUGGUGAAGUAGUUAGCUCACCAUACGUUCCUCAGGGUCGUCACUUUACUUUCGCCUCUGAACCUGGUUUUUCCUCACAGUCGCAAUCGGCCUCAGGUGGUCCUUCGGACACCGAGGAGUCGGCCGGCGGACACACAGUGCCUGGCACGCCCAUUGCCAGUUCUCCAGACGAUGUCGUUCCAAACGUGCAUGUUACUGACGCGCAAGCAAGUGACGAAGCGGAAGCUGGCCCCUUGGAAGCCUCGCAAGAAGCUUCCUCAAGUAGUGACGCCCAAGCUCCUACUGCGACACCGCUCAUGCAGCGCAGGAUCCCGACGGGAAUCCCCAGCUCCGCCAGAAAUCCGAAUUAUGCGUCCCGUGGAUACACCUUCGGGCAGAGACCGCCUCUGUUGUCCAGACCGACGCCCAUUGUGUGGGAAUUGGAUCCAAUGAGACAGGUCCAAGGUGACAGAUCCAAUGGCAGGGGUGUACGCAGGGCGUCCGGAGUCGGGGCACAACAGAGAGGGCGAGGAAGAAGUCGUGCUAGGGGCCCCAAUCCUUUCCAGCGAGGACAUUAAUUAUGUUCUCGUCUCAACUCUCAACGUCAGUUUGUGCGACUAAUAUUGUGUAAUAUAGAGUAAAACAUUUUUAAAUACAUUACAUAUAAAAUCUGUUAGUUUUAUUAAAAUUUGGAAGAAAAAAUUCCAGGAAUUUGACAAUAGUGAUUUCAAUAAUGAUUAAUCAGUUUUGAGCUACAGCUUUUCACAAAGAUAAGGCACUUUUGUCAGCUACUGCGCAAAGUCUCUUCUACUAUCUCAACAUGUCCGAAAGUUCAAAGAAAAGCAAGUGACGCGUUAAAAUGAAAAGUUAAAUAAAUUAUAUGUUAUAGCUACACACAAGCUGUGUGAUGUUUUGUAAAACGACGUAUCAAAAUUAUUUAAGAGCCAAAGUCAGUUAAAAAACAAUUCAUCAAUCUUGCACAAAUAUUCGCAAAUCUGCAAGGGUGAGUAAUACUGACUUUCGUCAAAAUCAUUGUUCGUAGUGUUUAAAUUUUCAUCACAGAAAUGUUCAAUUAUAUAUGCGUUUCUCUUAAAAUCCUAAUGGUGUGCGAAACCGUCGCAGUUGCUCGUGAGGAAUAGCAAUCGAUUGCACUGCGUGGCUCUAUUUACAUCAUUUAUCGGCGAAAAAGUGAAAUGCAUCCAAGUAGUUUAUAUUAAAGAAGUUAAAAUCACUUUCAUGACAUGUACAUACAAUAAAUUAUUUAAAGGUAAGUAUUUAAAUCAUCUGCAUGUAAUCUGCGCAGUGUGAACAGAUGUUAUUUAAUAUUAAUUGCAAGUAAUAGGAGUUGCAGUUGCUUUUAAGUAGUAUGAGUUGCGUGAGUUCCUUAGCAUUCACAGGAACAAGUGGUACACAAACAAAUUCGACAUCCAAAAAUUAACAAUGGUGUCAAAGAAAAGAUAGGAAAAACUAAAGAUAUAAUUCAAUUGGUACCCAAUCUCUUGCGACGUUAAGUAGUAAACAUUUAAAACUUUGCAAACAUGUACAGUCAAAAGAAGAAUUGA